AUGGCCUGCCCUCCACCCUCUUCUCGAAGCGCACACUCAUCCUCUUCUGGCCAUCUCCGUCGUCGUCGCCGACAAGCUCUCGCCCUCCUCGUCCUGCCGUUCUUGGUCCUCCCCACAGUCUCAGCUGCUGCCGUGCUUCCUGCCGAUGCGGCUUCAGCGGUCGCCGCUGCUGUUCCUGUGGCAGCGGCUCCUGUGGCAGCAGCUCCUAUAGCAGCAGCUCCUGUAGCCGCAGCUGCAGCUGCAGCCCCUGCGGUAGAUGCCAUCGACACCGUGGGCGGGACAGCCGGGACCAAAGCCAAACAACACGACAAGGUGAAGCCUGUUGACGGCAAGGACGGCCGGCCACACGAGGGUCCUUUUGUCGAUAUUGAAAGCUCGCGGAAGACGGGCGAAACAGCCGAUCAGGCCGCACAGAAGAGCACUGUCUACAUAGACGGCAAGAAGGUCCCGGAGAGCAACGAUGGCGUUAUGGACGACAAGAACCGGGUGGCGCCGAAGGAGGGCACCACGGGCACGAGCGGUGGCGUCAGCGAGAAGGACAAGCAGCGCAAGGCACAGGAGGGCCAGACUGGCGAACGUGUUGAAAAUACACCAGAUUCGCCGAAAGAGGCGCCGCCUAUGCCCCACCACGAAGAGAAGAAGAUCAAUGGCGGGAAGGAUGGAAAGGACGAGAAGGCCAAGGACAAAGACGUCGCUGGCGACGAUGCGUCUGGUCUCGAGAAACCGAUCGAUCUUCCUGACGCCCCGUACGACAAGGCCAUGCCCGUUCCUGGAUCUGCUAAGAAGGAUCACUUGGACGUGUCGAAGCCCAAAAUUGCGUCCGACCCAUCCAAGAAGCCGCCACGUCCCAGUGGAGGCGACGAUGAAUCGGCCACGCUCAUCCAGCCGCUGCAUUCGUUCCUCCUGUCGCUUACCAUGAUUUUGGUCUCUGAAGUUGGCGACAAGACGUUUUUGGUGGCUGCGCUGAUGGCGAUGAAGCACGACCGCACAGUCGUCUUUUCUGCGGCCUUUAGUGCUCUUUUCACCAUGACACUCCUGUCAGCCGUUUUGGGCCACGCCGUGCCGGUACUCAUCCCCAAGCGCCUGACGAACCUUCUAGCCGCAGUCCUGUUUCUCGUCUUUGGUGGUCGCAUGCUGCGUGAAGGCAUGGGGAUGGAUGCAAACGAGGGCGUGGCGGCCGAGAUGCAGGAGGUCGAGCAAGAGCUCGCCGAAAAGGAACAUCUGGCCCGGGAGAACGGCCGCCGCAACGGCCUCUCGUCCACGGUCAGCUCAGACGCGCUUGAGAUGGGCAUCGGCGGUGACAGCGCGGGCGGACGGCAUGCAAGGCAGCAGAACCGCUUUGGCAAGCCGAGCCGCAGCGCGUCCUCUUCUGCGUCUCCGCCUCGCAACCGCAGCGGCGGCGUCUUGUCGACGGCACUCAGCGUCGGCAAUGGCAUGAGCAACCUGGCCUCGCUUCUGCUAAGCCCUGCCUGGGUCCAGACGUUUGUGAUGACCUUUUUGGGCGAGUGGGGAGACCGCAGCCAGAUCGCCACUAUCGCCAUGGCUGCCGGCCAGGACUACUGGUGGGUGACGCUGGGCGCAGUGACGGGCCACGCCUGCUGCACUGGUGUGGCUGUCAUUGGUGGCCGUGCCAUUGCCGGCCGUGUCAGCCUCAAGGUUGUCACGAUGGGCGGUGCCGUCUCGUUCCUGAUCUUUGGCGUCAUCUAUCUUGUAGAGUCCUUUUACACAUGA